AUGUAUUUGAAUUUAAAUGGAUAUGGCUAUAUAUAAAAGAUGACUCAUGUCAAGUAGCUAUUUUCAAAAAGAAUUAAUUGUUUAGGAUUAUUGUAAAGUGGAUAUAUAAUUGUUAGAGCAAAGGAUGGUUUGAUAACAAAAGUGUCUUUUCAAACAAUAUAAAUUGUAGCAAGUUGUGAAUUACUUGGAGGUGUGAAAUCUAGAUCAUUUACAAAUGAUUAGACUCAUUUUCUCACAGGAUCAAUUCAAAGUAGCAUAUAUUUGUUGGACACUGAGAAAUUAAUACCAGAAUUAAGAAAUACUUGUCAUUAGGAAAGGAUUAAUGAUGUUGCUUUUCUUCAUAGUUAUUCUGAUGUAUUUGCUACUAGUUCUUUAAAUGAUAUCAGAGUUUGGAAUGCUAAGAAUAGGUAGAAUCGCUUAGAAUAUAAGUUCCAAAUGGGAAAAUUCAACCUUUUGCCAUAAUCAGGUACAUUGCUAUCUGUAAUUAAUGAUGCCCAUAUAUAUGGGCGUACAUCAUAAACUUUUACAUCGAAUUGUUAAAGAAUUAUUUCAAGAGAAUCAGAAGAAGAAGUCAGAGUUUGGAAAAUGAAAAUUUCUAAAAUUUUUCUUAUUUUAUAACAAAUUUAAUCUUAGCCAAAUAUUUAUAAAAAUCCCUGA